AAAAUCUAAAAUCUCCCAAUGUCGUUUAAUGUCAGUAAUUGUCUCUUAAACGGCCAUUGAACGCUGCAUACAAAUCAGUGCCAGAGCGUCACCACGCAACCGGUUGUCAUGGAGACGGGUGUACUCAGCGGUCAGCUACUAAAAUCAGGGGUAAGCGCAGCUAAUCAUCAAGUUUAUCCACUUUCGUCUACGUAUUAAUGUCUCUAAGCCUUGUUACUGUGUUAAAAUGUCGUGAGUCCUUUAAAGAGUGAUGGACUCCUCCGACCAGAUGGCUCACAGGAUCGAAAACCUGCAGAAAAUCAGAACAGCCAAAGUGCUCAAAGCUGUUCUCAGUGUUUAUGAGAACCAUGAGGCGUUCAAGUGCGACGGGAAUUCAGAAUGCCUGGUGGAGAAGGCUGAGAAGCUGCUAAAGAGCAAGGCUGAAGCAGGAGACACACAGGCCAGCUUGCUGCUGGGACAUCUCUACUAUGAGGAGGGUAACUAUACAGAAGCUGAGGCUGUAUUUGAUGGGAUUAAGGAUAGAGAACCAGAGGCUCUCUACCAGCUGGCUGUUAUGUACUACGAUGGACUUACUACCACAGCAGACCCUAGCAAAGCAGUGGACUAUAUGAGAAGAGUAGCUGAACGUGACACAGGCAGUGUCAGAUACGCAGCUUUGUACAACCUGGGCAGAGCCUACCUACACGGUUUUGGAGUGCAGGCCUCCAGAGAAGAGGCAGAGAAGUACUGGCUCAUUGCAGCAGAUGAUGGAAACCCCAACGCCAGCGUGGAAGCUCAGUCCUCUCUCGGCUUGUUCUAUUCCAGUCCAGAAAUACGGGAUCUCAAAAGGGCGUUCUAUUGGCACUCUGAGGCCUGUGGUAAUGGCAGCCUGGAGUCCCAGGGGGCGCUGGGGAUCAUGUACCUAUAUGGAUACGGUGUGUCUAAGGACCUUAAGGCUGCUCGUUACUGCCUCACGGAGGCUGCUGCGAGGGGGAGCGUUUAUGCCCAGGGUCACCUUGCAGCUUACUACUACCAGCGCAAACUCUACACCAGAGCAGCACUUUUGGCUAAGAGGGUGUGCAAGUAUGAAGAUGUUAGUGCUAUAGCAACUUUCACAGGCUGUGACCCUGAGUACAUUUGUAAAGGCAUAGCUAUAGGCCUGUUCUACUACGCCCGCUGCCUCCAGUUAGGCCGGGGAGUCGCACAGAACACAGAGAAAGCACAGCACUAUUACACCAAGGCAGCCCUGAUGAAUCCUGAAGUGUUCAAGGACCUCCAGAUGGACCUCAUUUAUUGCAGAAUGUAAUACAGUUGGGGUCAUAAGUUUACAUACGCCUUGCAGAAUCUGCAAAAUGUUAAUAAUUUAAAUGAAUAAAUAAAUAAAUAAGAGGGAUCAUAAAAAUCGCAUUUUGUUUUUUAUUAGUUCUGCCCUGAAUAAGCUAUUUCACAUAACAGAUGUUCACAUAUAGUCCACAAGACAAAAUAAUAACUGAAUUUACACAGAAGAACCAGUUCAAAAGUUUACAUACGCUUGAUUCUUAAUACUGUAUGUUGUUACCUGGAUGAUCAACAACUGUUUUUGUGUUUUGUGAUAGUUGUUCAUGAGACGCUGGUUUGUUCUGAGCAGUUAAACAGCCCCAUGUUCUUCAGAACAAUCCUCCAGGUUCUGCACAUUCAUUGUUUUUCCAGCAUUUUCUGCAUAUUUGACCCCUUUACAGCAGUGGCUAUAUGAUGAUGAGAUCCAACAUACUAAUAAAAAAAAAAACAUGCAAUUUUCCUGUUUUUAUUUUCUUUAAUUAUUAACAUUUUGCAGAUUCUGCAAGGCAUGUGUAAACUCAUGACCCCAACUGUAUAUGUGGGCGGUGCUGCCAUAGUAAAUUCCCCUGGUAAAUACACCAUGCAUGUUCUAAAAGUGAAAAAAGUUUUCCUAGCAUUCUGACAUGAUUCUUCACUUGCUUUAUUCAGUACUUUUUUUU